AUGCUCGCCUACGAACCAUCAGCACCGACGGCGGGCGCUGCUUCACACACAGACCCCGUCUUACACCCGUACCAAGACACCGUCGACUCUUACCCUCAACACUACCAAUUCAACGACAACAACAGCAACAACAACAACAACAGCAACAACGAUAAUGACCCCCGCGAACUCAGCAAUCGCCGUAGAGAAGCCCUGGCCAAGAUCGACAAUGCAGAGUUUGGCUGGUUCCACAUCCGCACCUGUCUCGUCGCUGGAGUCGGUUUCUUCACCGACGCCUACGAUCUCUUUGCUAUCAACCUCGUCACUCCCAUGCUCGGCACCAUCUAUUUCGAAAGCGGAAUCAUGCCCACUGACCUAGACCUCGGCAUUAAAGUCGCUGCCUCCAUUGGUACCUUUAUCGGCCAAAUCGGGUUCGGGCACCUCGCCGAUCGUCUGGGCCGCAAGCGGAUGUACGGUAUCGAGCUCAUGAUCAUUAUUGUCGCAACUCUGGGGCAAGCUCUCUCUGGCGAAGGUCCGGCCUUGUCGUUGCCUGCCGCGUUGAUUGUGUGGAGGUUGAUGGUCGGUGUUGGGAUCGGGGGUGAUUACCCACUCUCGGCAGUCAUCACGUCCGAGUUUGCGACCACCAACCGCCGUGGGGCCAUGAUGGCUGCUGUCUUUGCGAUGCAGGGGUUUGGGUACUUGACCACCGGACUGAUUGCUGUCAUUCUUCUUGCGGCCUUCAAGACGGCGAUUAUUGCAGACCCUUUAAUGUUGGACUAUGUUUGGCGGAUCCUGAUCGGUUUUGGGUGUAUCCCUGCCCUAGUCGCGGUCUAUUUCCGACUGACCAUUCCCGAGACCCCGCGGUAUGUCCUCGAUAUCGAGAACGAUGUCCACCAAGCUGAGAGGGACGUUGCUACAGUCUGCAAGGAGGAUGGUGAUGGUAACCUUAUCAAGGACGACGACGAAGUCAACAAGAAGGUGAUCCUGUCCAACCCGGCGAUUGUCAAGGGCUCCUUCUCGGAUUUCUGUCGGUACUUUUCCAAAUGGGAGAACUUCAAGGUCCUAUUUGGCACGUCGGUGGCCUGGUUUUCACUUGAUGUGGCCUUUUACGGGAUCGGUCUCAACAACUCGUUUAUUCUUUCGUCCAUCAAUUUUUCGUCUUCCACGGGGAACGCCUGGUCGACCAACUGGAACGCGGCCAUCGGUCAGAUUAUCAUUGUCCUCCUCGGAUCCAUUCCGGGCUACUGGGUCACCGUCUUUACGAUCGAGCGUCUGGGUCGGAUCAAGAUUCAGCUCUUGGGAUUCUUCAUGUCUUGCGUCCUCUUCUGCAUUCUCGGUUUCGCCUACGACAAGAUCCGAGCCACCUCCUCGGCGCUGUUCAUUGUCCUUUUCGCGAUGACCCAGUUCUUCCAGAACUUUGGACCCAACUCUACCACGUUUGUGAUCCCGGGUGAGGUGUUCCCAACACGGUACCGAUCGACAGGUCACGGUAUCGCAGCGGGGUCGGGCAAGUUGGGAGCGAUUAUUGCACAGGUGGGCUUUUCGCAGUUGAAGGAUCGUGGUGGAACCAACGCGUUCUUGCCAGAGCUGUUGCAGAUCUUUGCGUUGUUUAUGUUAGUGGGGCUGCUGGUAACGUUCUUGAUCCCCGAGACCAAGGGCAAGACGCUGGAAGAGUUGUCGAACGAGGUUGAUGAUGAUUGUAAUGCGGGAGGUCAGCAUCAUCAUGGGUAUCAGGAUGGGAGCAAUGGUAGUGGGGAUUUUUUGAAUAGUCCUCACGUUGAUCGCAACAACAACAACAACAACAACAAUGUGGACGCCGAGAAGUAG